AUGGGUGCAAUAGCCACACAUCGACACUUGACUUUCCGAAAUGUUUUCAUCUUUGAUUUGUCAUAUUUGUUUGAGACUAAUUUCGCGGUGGAAAGUUUUCGGUCUAUAAAAGAGGUUGGUCGUGAAGUGAGCGCUAUAGACGUCAUCGUUGCCAUGAAUCCAAUUAAGCUGAGCCUCUGUCUGGCCCUCCUGGCCGCCUGCGCCACCGCAGACACUCACUCCCACGCCCAUGGAGGAUUCGUGGGACACGCUGGACCCUCCCUCGGAGCGGCCCAUGGGCACGGCGGUUCCUUUGUGUCUGGACACGGCGCCUCGCAUGGAGGAUCCUUUGGGCGUGGGGUGGGUGGCCACGGAGGAGCGGUGGUCGUGGGACACAGCGUAUCCAGCGGUCCCGUCUACGGCGGCAGCCAUGGUGGCUCCUUCAGCGGCGGCCAUGGCGGCUCUUUCAGCGGAGGGCUUCGUCCCAGCAUUGGACACGGCGUUUCAAGCGCCAACUUCCAUGCCAGCUCCUUCAACAGACACGGCGUGCAUGGAGGCUCGUUCUCACGCCCACACGUCGUCUCACGCCCACACACUAGCUUCUCUUCAGGCUUCAGCCACGGAGGUGCUGUCGUUGGACAUCAUGGCGCUCCUAUCAGAUAUGGAAAAUAAGGAGGCAGGAUUCUUUUCUAAUUUAUGAAAAUAAAAACUCCAAUCUUG